UUGCUUAAAUAUCCUCCGGCGGACUAUCAGAAGCAAGCAUGGAAAGCGGGCAGAAGUUUGAAAUUGAUCGCUAUGCCUUAGAUGACGAUGAUGUUGCAAGGCUCGGCGGCGAUUUAAUUGUUCAUCUUCCAUACAGUAUGAGCUUUAGCAGAAGAUUCUGAUGUAGAUUUUGAUUACAUUUGGGUGCCGAGGUGUGUUGAUCAUUUACAGAAUAUGAAUUUGUUUAAGACGAGGGUCGAAAGAAAUUGCGCCGAGGAAACUCUAUGUAGAGUUGCUCAUGAAAAUACGUUGCCGUAUGGGCCAAGAAUCCUGGAUUUGUAUUCAAUAAUCCUGAAGCGCAACAAACAAGUAACUGGCAAUGGAGAAACUGUGUGUUUGAAAGGUAAACUAAAAGGUGUAAUUGAAAUCAAGGACUACCCUGAGUUCCGUUGGGACAUAAAUGCUGAAUUGUCUGGUGAAGGAGAUGAAGAUAGAUGCACGCUUACCCUGAAUGGUCCCAAUUGCCCUCUCGGCUCUUCUCGUGCGAUGGCUUCUCGAGGAUUGGCUUUGCUCUCACUCUGGAUGAUCAACCUUUAUUUCAAGGUGAGUACCCUGAUGAUUACUUUUAUGAGGAUGAGAAAGUAUUUGGUCCUGGUAACAAAGUUAGUAGAGGUUUUUUUGCGACUGAACCUAAUUGGCUAGCUGUUCCUUAUCUUAAUAACCGUCUUAUCGAGAUCCGAGUUUACACGGGUGAGAAGUGUUAUGCUCGUUCCCGCCCGAUUGUUUCUCCGGUGCAAAUAUUUGCACGGUUUGCUGUUAUGCAGCCUGGACUAGUGGCCAGCAUUAAGAUUAAAGUCAGGAAUCACCGGCACAUCACCACCAUCUCUGGUUCUAUCUACGCUCGACCUUGCUGUUUCACCCAUCGAAUCCCCCUUAUCAACUCCCUCGAGAAUACCGAGGUGGCUGAAGAUGGGACCAUUGCGCUGAAGAGGUCAUUUGUGGCUGUGUCAUCACAUGCCUCUCUGGUCAUUGUAGCCGAUGGGCUGCAUGAUCAACUUGGCAACCGUGUUACUCUCUGUGCCAACACUUUCUUCAUUCCGGCCAAGGAGGCACCGUCCGAGGCUAGGAUCAUGUACGAGCAACCAGGGUCCGAGUCUAACAUUUUAAAUGGGCGCCUCCAAGCUGAGGUCGAAUGGAUUCCCCAUGAAUUUGACCUUCUAUAGGAUGUUUAUUAUUUGGUUGCAUGUUUGUUCCCAGUUUUAAAAUUUCAGAUUGCAGGCAAUGGUGGACUGUGCAUCAUUCUCAUGUAAAAUGAAAUUCCCUGGAAGAUUAUUCAGCUGCAUUGUCUUUGUCAAUAUAUUAGACAUCAAUUAAUCCUAAAAACUAAGCAUAGGUCCAAUAAACGAAAACUGUAAUUGCUUUAAACUUAAAGCUGUUAUGUUCUCUAUCAACUAAUGUAAAUUGGCAAUGAGCAAUAAUAAAAUUCAACAGUUUCCUCAA